GCUAAAGAUUACUCAGUAUUUGACACGUAUGAGAAAGAUCAAAUUAAAAGGAAAACACAAAAAAUUGAUCCCUAUACAACGUAACAUAGAUGUACGACUGAGGAGACGAGAAGAAAAGGCUUUAAUCGCUGCUCGAUUAGACAAUGCAAUUGAGAAACAACUUUUGCAGAGAUUGAAAGAAGGAACUUAUGAGCGUAUUUACAAUUUCCCGAAGGAAGCCUUUGAUGUAAGAAUGGAUAAUGAAGAGGAAGAAGAGAGUGAAGUUGACGAGGUGGAAUCUGAAAAUGAAGAAGAGUUAGUGGAAACUGAUGAAGAUGUAGAGGGUCAGCUAGAAAAGGAGGUUGUUAAUGAAGAAAAUGCUGAUGAGGAUGACAGUGGGGAAGAGGAAGACAGUGACGAAGAAAGGCAGUAUGUUGCAGAUUUUGAGGAAAGUGAUGAGGAAGAUGGAGAUUUGGAGGAUGCUGCUGAUAGACUAGGAGAUAUUUCAGAAGAAGAUGAAGAUAGCUCUGAUGAUGACAGUGAUAUGGAAGAUGGGCCCAGCUCAGCAAGUAACAUGAAGAAUGGAAGAUUGAAAAAAGGCAAGGCUACACCAAAGGCCACCAAAAAGCGAGGCACGGCCAGAGUAGAAAUUGAGUAUGAUCAUCCUGAAACAGAGAAAACUAAGGUGAAAGUUUUUUCAUAAUUUAAGUGAAGAGUAUUUUGUUGAAAAAAUGACUGGUUUGGAAACAAAUACAAUAAAAAGAAAGAG